UCUACAAGUUGCUUGGAUAUGCUUCCGGAAUACAUGAAAUUCAUAUAUCAAGAACUUUUGGAUGUUCACAAAGAAGAUGAAGAGUUACUAGAAAAGAAGGGAAUGGCAUAUCGUAGCUACUAUACUAAAGAGAUGGUGAAAGAGUACACUAGAAAUCUCCUAACGGAAGCCAAAUGGGUUAAAGAGGGUUACAUUCCAACCAUAGAGGAACACAUGUCUGUGACCCUGGUAACUUGUGCUUAUGCCAUGAUCAUAGCGAAAUGUUAUGUUCAUGGACAUGAUUCUGUCAYAGAGGAUACCUUUAAAUGGGUGUCCACAUAUCCUCCUCUUGUCAAAGCUUCAUGUUUGAUUUUAAGGCUCAUGGAUGAUAUUGCUACCUAUAAGGAGGAACAAGAAAGGAAUCAUUGUGCUUCUAGCAUCCAAUGCUACAUGAAGCAACAUGGUGUCUCGGAGGAGGAAACACGUGAAGUAUUUUCAAAACAAGUCGAAGAUGCGUGGAAAGUUAUAAAUCAAGAAUCCCUUAGGCCUACUGAUGUCCCGAUGCCUCUGCUUAUGCCUCCAAUCAACCUUGCCCGUGUCUGUGACGAACUUUAUUCUCGUGGCGACGAUUAUAAUCAUGCAGGGAAAGAAAUGAUCCAUUGCAUCGAAUCACUUCUCGUAAAUCCUAUAAAUCUGUAGAUUGGUUUAUGUUUGUGAUGGAGUCUCUUUAUUGGAUGCUACUAUUUCAACAUGUAUUUGUAAUAAAUAUUGUGGCUAUGCAUUUAGAGGACCUUUACUUAAUAAUCUAGGAAGAUCGUGCUGUAGAAUUCUGUUGUAAUGGUAUAUUGAAAGAU